GAUCGACUUACUUUAAAACGUGCUAGUGGCGAGACUAAACAAUUUCGAACUAUCUGGAUACAGCCUCAUAUCAAACUCAAGGGUGAAUUUUAAGAAAAAUGUACAUCAAAGUGCUGUAUGUUAUGGGGAUUAUGCUGCCAGUAAUCUUUUCAGACAUUGUCGACUUAAACAGUUUGAAAUGCAAAGGACAGAACCCACCUGCCCAUGGUAGUCUGACUUGUCAUAAAGACACUGCCACUCAGGAAGUGUCGUGCACUCUGAAAUGUGACCGCGGUUAUGACGUGGAAUUCCUCGCUGCUGAGCGGUAUGUGUGUAAUACUGAUGGGACUUGGAGAGCCCAGCCAUCAUCCACUGGCCCCCAAUGGCCGAACUGUAAAGAGUACAGCCGUGGAGAACCGAUUCCAUGAUUGAUGAUUCAGUGAGACUGCAUGGCAAGGCUGAGAAUUGCAAAUAUAACACAGCUUUAUGAAACCUCAAUGACAACUUUCAAAAAGAGAGAGGUGCUUUAGUAGAUUCUUCUACUGCAAUAAACAGAUGAAUAAACAAAUAACUCUCUGUAAAGAGACGA